AGAACCAGACCUCUGUUGAAAGUGGGUGGUGCAACCGCCGGCAAUGCGGGUCGUUUGGUGGUGCAAUACAUCGUUGUCUUGGUUUUGUUUUUUACCAAAUUGCAAGUCAGCAAUAAAGAGAAUUCAUGAGACAGAAGAUUCCAGAAGUGAUGAGGCUGAGAAUGAGAUGAUGACAGUGUUUGCAAUUUGUCGGGUAAAUGUGCUCCUGAAGUACAAGUUGGAAGGUAGAAUUGUCGAAGUUCCACCAUGAAGACGGAACUCCGUCAGCGUUUAGACAAUCCCCUUCUUGCGUCGAGUCUCACUGGAAAGGGAGGUCCUGGCGCAGGCAUCGGAAAAAGCUCUUCUCUUUUGCUCAGCAACCCCCUUCUGCAGACAAGCAAGACCAAGGAUGCACCGACCACGGGGACCAGGGACAAGAAUGUUCUGGGUUCCCAUGCAGCAUCCAAGCCGGUGUCUGUCAGUAUGAAGCAGGAGAGCCUAAGCCUUCGGCACAACCGUCUCCUGCUUGGCUCUAAUCUGACCCCCUUGACGUCAUCCUCUUCACUGAGUAGCACAUCGUCGAAGCUAGGAAGCCUGUUUGGCAAACCACCAACAUCGGCAGUCUCCAGCAAGUCGACACUUCUCUCAGCGAAGAGUCCACGUCUGCCAACAAGCAGUACCCUGACCAAAGAAGUAUCUUCCAGAGCUCAGGCCAGGCUAGUAAAACAUCGCCCUGUUCAUCGCCAGAUACCGUCACAGCAUCCACGUCCAGCCCAGCAUAAGAAAGUUGCAGAGAGCAGCGUACAUCUAGCCGAGCUAGCCGCAGACUUUGAGAUUCCUGAGUACAACUUUCACGGUGAUUUCGGGGAUGCGGAGGACCAAUUCUGGGACUUGGAUGACGAGACGUGCUUUGAGGCUGUUGAUCCGGAGGUCUUGUCACUUAUGAUCUCAUCUGAAGAUGCCAAGUCUAAAAAGACAUCCUUGAUCAAUCUCGUCAGUUCUUCCCUGGUCAACAAUCCCAGCUUCAAAAAGCCAAAGGAUGAAACCAGAAUAGCUCUCGUGAAGAAUGCAGACUCAGUCAUCCAAAUAGACCCUGAGUUUUUGCUGAAGGUUGCGUUGUACACCAGGAAGGAUCUGAACAUUCGUAGCACGGCCAACUUCCUGUUGGCAUUGGCUUCUAACCGUCGGGAAUGCCGACCCUACCUGAAGAAGUACUACAAGCUGUCCAUAGCCCUGCCAUCAGAUUGGGCCCAUGUCGCCGAUCUGUACCUUUCAUUUCAAGAUAAGGAACUGAGCUACAGAUCACUACCGUCUGCUCUGAGGAAGGUCAUGGUGGCAAAGUUCCCGGACUUCGAUACUUAUCAACUGGGCAAAUACAACAAGACCAAGAAGCCCAAGAAGAAGAAGAUCGACCGUAAGAAAAAGAAGAGCCAAAGCAAGGAGGAGGAUCACCAAGACGACAAGGACGAGGACGACAGCGAGGGUGAUGACGAUGAACAUUAUAAGAUGGCAUGUCAUCUUCCUCUUCAUCAUGAACAUGAUGAAGAGGAAGAUGACGCGGAGAAGAUAGAACCAGAGCCAGUGGAGGAGGACCACUAUCAGGACGAGCAUGGAUUCUGCGACAGUUACACCCUCAAGCAGCUUAUCAGGAAACUCCACGUUAUGGAGCCUGUGGAGAGCGUCAUGUGCCUUGUUGGCAAGAAGUACCCUGACAGUCUGGAGGCUUUCUACAAGACUCGCCUACCGGGGACCUGGGACCCAGACCGUGCAGGCAAGCGCAUGAAACUGCCUACCCCAGAGACUUGGGAGACCCAAGUGUCACUGAAGGGAAACAAGGCCUCUACAUGGGAGGACUUAAUAGACCACAAGAAACUGCCCUUCAUGGCCAUGUUGAGAAACCUACGUAACAUGCUACAGGCGGGGGUCGGGCCAAAAUACCAUGCUUCCAUCCUCCGCAGGCUCACCGAUGAAAAGUCUGUCAUCAACAGCAGGCAGUUCCCUGUCCGAUUCUUCUCUGCUUACGACGUGCUGGAUACUAUGCAGCUCAAUCUGGAAAUGCAGGAAAAACUAGCUUCAGGUGAGAUCCAACCUGAGGAGGAUGACUUGGGCUAUGGACGAGGUCGUGGGCGAGGUCGUGGGCGCGGCCGUGGGCGUGGUCGCGGGCGAGGUCGCGGGCGUGGUGCUGGCGGGCGUGGUGGCAGAGGUCGGGGUCAAUGGGGAAACCGAAAUGUUGGAAAACCAACAGAGCUCAAGUACACCAAGGAGUUACUGGUUCGUUACCGCAAGGCACUGGACACUGCCGUCAAGAUAGCCACACGUCACAACAUCAAACCCAUCCGGGGUAAAACCUACUUACUCUGUGACAUCGGGCCCAAGAUGGAUAUGUAUACUGGUGGAUCUGGAAUGGACAAGACUAGAGAGAACGGCCUCCUGCUGGGUCUUAUGUGUAAACACUCUUGCGAGGAGUGCAUCUUGGUCAGCUAUGGGGUCAACGACCAGAAGGUCAUUGAACUGGAGAAGGGAACGCUCCUGGACAAUGUCAAAAGCAUCGUUGAAUAUGCAAAGGCUGCUGAUGGUGACAUGGAGGACCACUGGAAUGCCCCGCCCAGCAAGUUAAACAUGACCACCUUGUACGAGGCGCUGCGCGACCGCGUCCACAUCGACAACCUGAUCAUUGUCGGGCAGGACUACACGGAGGACGGGACGGGCUGGAAUGAGAUGGAGGACUUUGUGGCCAAGUACCGUCAGCUGGUCAACCCCAACCUGAUGUAUGUCCAGAUUGAUCUGACCUCCUCUUAUUCCUGGAAGGAAAAGCCAGCUAAAAAGCCCAGCCACCCAAAUGACAUCAGUGUGACUGGUUACAGCGAUAACAUCCUGCGAUUCAUAGCUGAGCGAGGCGACAGCGGCCAACUGAAUCACGUGGAGAACAUUGACAAGGCCUAUGGUCUCCGAGAACUUCAGGUUGCAGCAAUUGGACGUACUGAUUCCAACCAAGCAUCUGCUGCCACCAGUCCAGAGACCCCACUGCCCAUUGCUGCCCCUGUACACAGAUGGCGGACGGCUCGCGUGUUCAUCUCCUCCACGUUCCGUGACAUGCACGGCGAGCGUGACCUGCUGACCCGCUUUGUCUUCCCUGAGUUGCGGGCUCGGGCCAAGAAGCUCUUCCUCAAUGUGUAUGAGGUGGAUCUGAGAUGGGGCGUGACUGAAGAGGAGACGAGGCAAAACAGAUCGCUGGAGAUUUGCCUGACAGAGGUGUCUCGCUGCAACUACUUCAUCGGAAUCUUGGGGAAGCGUUACGGCUUCUGCCCAGAGGCCUACACGGCGCCGGCCACGGAGGAGUUUGAUUGGCUGCAGGACUACCCGGCCGGGCGUUCCAUCACUGAGCUUGAGAUGCAGCACGCGGCGCUGUGCGACCCGCAGAUGGCUGUGGGAAGGGCGUUCUUCUACUUCAGAAACAGUGAUUUUAUGGCUGAGGUUCCCUCUUCCUGCCAGUCAGCAUUCCAAGCUGAGUCAAACGCAGCAUCAGAGAAGAUAGAGAAUCUCAAGCAGCGAGUGCGAUGCAGCGGGCUGGAGGUCUUUGAUGGAUAUCCGUGCCGGUUUGGUGGGGUCGUGGACCACAAACCCGUUACCACCAACUUGGAAGAGAUGGGUAUGCGCGUCGUCAACAACUUGUGGAACUCAUUCGUCAAACAUUUUCCUGAAGAGGAAGCCUUCUUGGACGAGCUGUCACACGAGGGAGCCCUCCAUCAGGCCUUCCUGGAGGCCCACGUCGCCGGCUUCAGCGGCCGUAAGACCCAGCUGCGGCAGUGCCUGGACCUGAUGGACGCCUGCCACAAAGGGCUGAUGGUCAUCUGCGGAAAGAGCGGCUGUGGAAAGACUGCCCUCACAUCCUGCCUGGCCCAGCGCUACAAGAACAAGAUAUUGGAGUCUGACGGUAACCACGUCUUGGUUCACUUUGUGGGUGCAGCGGUGGGAUCCAGCAACGUCCUGGCCGUGCUGCGACGCCUGUGCCUGGAGCUCAAGAAGCGAUUUGCUCUCACUCUCACCAUACCAGAAGACUUCAACAAACUGGUGACCAAGUUCCCUGAGUUCCUGAAGGGUGCUGCAGUGCAUUGUGGGAGUUCCCCGUUGGUGAUAUUUCUGGACGGGCUUGAUCAGAUGGAGGAGGCGUAUCAGGCCAACAACAUGGAAUGGCUGCCAAAGGAUAUCCCAAAGGAUGUGAUGUUUGUGGUCAGCACCGUCGUGGACAGUCAAUCCCACAAGGCACUGCUUCGCCGUAACCCCUCAACUCUGACCCUUGGCCCACUUGACCUGCUGGACAAGGCCACCGUGGUGAGACGCAUGCUGGCCGUCCACCGUAAGACACUGGAUGAGUCCCCGUUCAACAACCAGAUGAAGUUACUGGUUGCCAAGAGAGAAGCCAACUUACCAUUGUUCCUCACUCUGGCCUGCGAAGAACUGCGUGUCUUUGGAGUCUUUGAGCAGGUAUCUGAGAGGCUGAAGCGGAUGUCUCACACCAUCAGCGCCUUGCUGCAGGAGGUCAUGCAGAGGCUGGAGAUGGAUCAUGGCAAGGAGUUACUGGCUACAGCCCUGGCAUUGCUGGUGUGUGCAAGAGACGGUCUCCUUGAGGAUGAGCUGCACAGUCUCCUGAGUCUUCACACCCUUCUGGGAGGCAGCAAGUAUCGUCUUGAAGACAUCAAGAACGUCCGUCUGACCGCUGAGCACAUGCUGCCCCAGGCUGUCUUUGCUCAGCUGCUGAGGAGCCUGCAGGGGUUCUUGCGCCCUGUCGGGGAACAGAGUGUUAACCACCUCAGCCUGGCCCACGGUGACAUCAAUAAGGCUGUCAGACAGCGUUACAUGAAGGGCUCUGGGGCAGAGUCUGAAGCCAGACUACAUGCGCUGCUUGCAGGCUACUUCUUGCAAGAGGCAGACCCUCUGCGAGACUGCUCCUGGGCCGGUCGGAAGCCGCGCGCCUUCAGCGAGGUCUCCUAUCACCUCUCACGCACCGCGGCCUACGCAGAGCUGCAGUCGGCGCUGUGCAGCCUGCCGUUCAUCUACGCCAAGUGUAGGAUGGGUCUGGCCUCAACGCUACUGGACGAUUUUGUCGGGGAUAGUGGGUCUGGGGCAGCAGCAACCAACAGAGCUGCUCUUAGGGACAGGGAGAAGUUUCUGGCCAAGCCGCAGGUGCAGGAAUUCCGUUCCUUUGUGUCCCGCAACCUGCACAUCGUUUCCAACCUGCCGGCCCUGACCUGGCAACAAGCGGCCAAUGAGCCGUCGGAAUCGGCCGUCUGUCAGUCCAUGAAGGGCAUGAUUGACAGCGGGGGCGGGGCUUCUCGUCAGAGUCUGGUGGUCUGGAAGAACAAGAGGGAGGAGCAGGAGGAUUGCGCAAUGACCAUCACGGGAUUCACUCAGGCUGUAACAUGUUUGGCCAUUUCAAGCGACGGUGCCUUUGUGGCUUGCGGUAAUGAAGACUGCACAGUGAAACUGUUUGAGCGUGAGACAGCUAAGGAGGCCAGGAGUUUUGUGGGUCACUUUGACGCAAUCACCGACUGCUGCUUUGUAGGCCGACAGCGUCUGGUCACGGCCUCUGUGGAUGAGACACUCAGUCUGUGGGACGUCAAUCAGGGACACAGGAUUGCGGUCAUGAAGGGCCACAGACGACGCGUCAGCUCCUGUUGCCAUAGCAGCCGUUGCUCCAUGAUCGUCUCAGCCUCUUGGGACUCCAGCCUGAAGCUGUGGGACGACAGCGACGGCAGACAGAUAGGCUCACUGAGUGACACAACCCCCAUCAACUGUGUGGCCUUCCAUCCUGAGGGCAGGAUGGUGGUGACUGGGGGCUGGGAUGCUGCCAUGAAGAUCUGGCAUGUGGAAGAUAAGAAGAGACUUGGGAUCUUGCGAGGUCACAAGGCAUCAGUCCGUGCAGUAGCAUACUCCCCAAGCGGGGCACACAUUGCUUCAGCAUCUCUGGAUGGCACAGUCAAAAUAUGGUCGUCAAAGACUGGCAACCAGGUUGGAGGAUUGGAUGGUCAUGUGAUGCCCAUCAACCGUCUGGCUUUCUCUCCAAAUGGACGCCAACUUGUAACUGUCAGUGAUGAUCAGAGAGUCAAGGUGUGGUCUGGAAACCUCGGCCGUAAACUGUCCACGUUUGGCCUGGACCGCUACGGCCAUGUCACAGCGACCGCCAUCAGUCCCGAUGGCAUGCAGGUGGCCGUGGGUUACCAUGGCGGUAGCAUCAGGCUGUUCGAGACAAACAGCGGGGCCGAGAUCUGGGAGGUAGCACACCGGCAGGCUAGGGUCAUGGGGUUACGUUGGGUCAUGACCCCAGCAGGCCAACUGGAGCUGCUGGUAGGGUGGGAUUCAGGAGAUGUCAUGCUUCUGUCAGGCACAAAAAGUUCCAUCAAUACCACCCUGGCAUCCCAUUUGAAGCCAGUCACUAGUCUGGCCUACAGCACUCCAAACCGUCUGGCUGCAGUCACCUACACAGACAACACCAUCCAUAUAUGGCGUGUGCCGUAUGAACGCAAGUCCAGCCAAAAAACUUUGGAAUGCCACGCUGUGAUUCACGCUACAUGUAACGGCACAGUGACCUGCUGUGGAUUCAGCAUGGAUGGCACUAGACUGGCAACGGGAAGCAAAGAUGCGAGUCUGCAGGUUUGGAGUAUGGAGAGUGACUAUUUGAGUGGUGCACGAGGCAAGACGUUGAGACCAUUGGCUGAGCUACAUGCGUGCCAUAAGGACUGGAUCACUGCACUAUGCUGGUCUGAUAGCAAUGAUUUCCUGGUGACUGCCUCCAAUGACUUCACCCUGAAACUGUGGGACAUGAAGACCAUGAAGGAGAGAUACCAGUUCAUGGGGCACACUAGCGCCAUCAAUGCUGUGGCAUACAGUCAAGGCUGUGUUGUCUCGGCCUGUUUUGACGGCACUGUCCGCGUCUGGUCCCACAAGGGCAUUGAGAUCACCACUCUGUAUGGACACAAUAGUCGAGUCAACUGCUGUGAUAUCUUUGUGUCUGCAAAACAGCGUGAGAACAUCUUUGAAGACUUGGACGUGAAGGAUUCAGCUGCACCCAGCCAGCCGUGGUCCAGUAUGGUGGCCCAAGAAGAAUGGAAGGACAAACAUGAGAAGAGGAAACUGGACAAGGUGGAGAUGGUGCGGCUGGAGAACGUCGUCGUAGCAACCGGCAGCGAUGAUGCCAUGACGCAUCUAUGGAAACCUCUACAGGGCAACGAGAUGGCAUCACUGAGUGGUCACUCAGACAGUGUUGUGGCCGUAGCCGUGUCCGGUAAGGGUGACAUCAUCACAGGAUCCCUGGACAAAACGGUCAAGAUCUGGACACCCAAGUUGGAGGCCCAGAUCCUGUCUGUCAGCCAUAACGGAGAAGUGACAUGCACAGCGUUCUCUGCCAAGGGCACAUAUGCGGUCUCCACAAGCCGGAAUGGCGAAGUGAUAGUUUGGAGAAUGCCUGACAGACACUCAUCCACCGAUACGCUGCCCAAGAUGAUCUUCUCCAGCAAGUUGGUAGAGAAGUCUAUCAAUGCGGUCUGCUUCCUGGGUAAUACCAGGUUUGCUCUGGGUUCUGACGAGGGUACCGUGACAGUAUGGGAGAUAGAAGCCCCCACCCCACCUGCAACAGUCUGGAGAGUACAAUAUCGGAAGACUAUGAAUUCCAGCACACAUGACGCCAGCCCAGUCACCUGUUUGACCUAUGACCCCUUGAGAGAUAACCUCUACUCGGGUCACUGGGCGGCCAGGAUUUGCAUGUUCCGCUGUGACUCUGGGAAACUGCGCCGGGUUUACUCCAGAGGGGCAGAGGAACAAUCAGACUGGAUUCUGGAUCUGAAGAUACUCAGUGAUAACACCCUAGUUGCUAGCUUUGCCAAUGGAGAGAUACAACACUUCAACAACCUGGAGUUGGACAGAAGCACAAAGUUCAGCAUCAUCGACCCCACCACCGCGGAGCAAUCCGUGGGCUACCAGGAGCCCUGUUGGGUACAGGCCUGCGCGGGAGUCCAGCUGAGAGGGGGCAAGACCCUGGGUCUAAGGGACAAGGCGACCGGCAAGAACAAGGCGGUACUGGCCGGGGAUUCCAAGGGCUACCUGUCGGUAUGUGACGUGGUGACAGAAGAAGUCAUCGCCAGGAAAAAGGUUCACACAAGUGCGGUUCAUGAUAUCGCUGUCUGCGACGAUGUCAUCUGCACGGCCUCAGAAGACAGCGCCCUCAAGCUGUGGUCUAGAAAGAACCUGAAACAGGUGGGACAGUUUUACUGCAAGGCUCCCGUUACUACGGUAACUGCAUCCCCGGCCCCAGACAGCACGGAGCUCAUAUGCGGAGACAAACUGGGGAACGUCUACUUCCUGGAGUGGCGCAGCAAAUCUGUAGAGAAAUUCUAAAUUAAAGAAGAUAUAUAGUGUGUCAUGCUUAAAACUUUAUUGAUGAUUUGAAACUUUGAGAUUUAUGUUCACAUAGUAGGUAGGCAACAGUGCCAACGUUUAAUUAUUGAGGUAUUAAAUGGAAAAAAAAAUAUUGCAAAUACUUACUGAGUUUAAAGAUAACUCUAAAAGUAUCAAAUGUUCUGAGUGUGUAUCUUGUACCGCAUGCUAUAAGUUUCAUGGAAACAAAAAUAUUCAAGUUUGUAUUAUUAAGUAGAUUAUGAUAUUUUUUUUCUUCAAAAUUUGCUUUCCCGAAAGAAAAGAAGUAGUAUUCUGGGUUUGUUUGGAAUAGAUUGAAAAAUGAGUUUAUCUAAAACUGUUGGUAAAGCAAAGAAUGUUGGCAAUUUUUGAGUCUAAUAUUUAUUGCCAAAAUGUUCAAACAGCUAACUGUGUACAAUGUGAAAAUUUAUUAAGAUCAUUUUAUCAUACACUGUGUAACAAAUGCAAGGAAUUUCUAAUGUAAAAAAGUUUAGGUAAGAAAGCGCACAUUACUUUGUCAUAAUGCAAUGUCAAUCAGUUAUCUUGGGAAUAAUGUACAAGAUUCCAAUAUUUUUUGGAGUUUGGGUUUGUUUCAAGGUUUGUUGUCACAAAAUUUUUAAUUUUUUUUAUUUGAUUGGAUAUAAUAGCUAGAAUUAAAGAAAAGUGUAUUUCAGAGCAGAGAAAAUGUGUUUGGAGUUGAGCGUUUUAUACCGCUCCACAAGGUUAAUAAAUAUUACAAAUUCUACCAAGAUACCUAGAUAAAGAACCGUGUUGAAUGUAAUUUUAUCGAGAUUGUAAGAAAGCACUAACAAUUGAGAAAUCACUGAUCAUGUGUUUGGGAAUAAUGAGUAAACUCGGAUUCUCGGUAUAUUUUAAGAAUAGUUAGGUCGUUGAACAGAAUAAGAACCAACCCAAAUACGUGAUAUAAUAUGUCUUCUGUAUGUUAAAUACGGUCUCUUUCCUUUUUCUGAAUUUCAUAUUUUUGUGAGGUUUGUCACAAUAGUGUAUUAACCCGUUAAGUAUUAUCAUUGUCUGAAUAAAAAUAUUGGAGGGAAGAAACGAAACGCAUUUUCAAUAAGGUGGUCGUGGGAAAUAUUUUUGUAUAAUCUUUGUAUAAUUCUGGCAUAUUACUUUAUAGCUUGUAUUUUAGUCUGAAAUAUUACUUAUGAAGUGUAGAUGGAUAUAAGAGAUCGCUAUAACAAUUUUAUUCAAAAGAAACUACUUUUAUUUCACUCUGUUGUCUCAGAUGAUCGCAAUGUUGUUGCAAUUCUAUUAAUAAAAAAUUGAUUAAGAGCCA